AUGAGACCGGUUUGUUCUGUCGUCGAGACAGAAGAAACACAGCUGCUUUGGCGUCGUAAAAUUGAAAAGAACAAACAGACGGUCGAAAAGAGAGGCGGCAAAGAGUGUCUCGAGGCGAACCCGUGGCGGAAUACGCGAAAUGCAGGUACCCGUCGAGAGGGCAAUGUAAAAUUCGCGAAAGACAACAAAAGAAAGAAACGAACGGAAGAAAGGGCCAAAGCGAAGAUGCAACGCGACGAGAUCGUGGUGACAACGGACAGAAAAGGAGGAAACAGUGAAGGAGUCGAAAACCAAACACAAGAAAGGAGAGGGGGUGAGGGAAGCGGAUUCGAAGAGCAGACAGCGACCCUCAUGAAAUGGGAAAGGACGACCCAGUGGGCAACAAUAGCGCGCCAAUAG